GCCCAGAGUCCAUCCAUGGAGGUGACCACCGUGUCCCCGUCUCCUGCCUCACCCAUGGUAGGGGAAGAUCUCUGUGACAUAGACGUCACCAACGUGGCCAUACACAGUGUGGCACUGCUCAUCUGCCUCUGUGGGCUGGCUGGGAACGGGGCUGUCCUCUGGCUCCUCAGCCCGAAAAAGCAUAACUAUGGCAUCUUUGACCUGGCUGUCGCCGACUUCCUCUUCCUAAUCUUAACAGUCCCCUCCACCCUUGUCUUCCUGGUGGAGGACAUGUCCUGUUCUCCUAUCAUGCCCAUGAUGUACGUGACCUUCCUUUUCCAGCUGUCAGUGUUCUCCUACUACUGGGGGGUGUUCUUGCUGACAGCCUUCAGCUUAGGAAAGGACAUGACCUUACUCUGUAAGCUCUGCGGCUGCUGUCAACUACACCACCGCCUGAGGUUGUUGGUGUGGGGCACCCAAUAUUGGGCAUUUUUCUCUCUCUUCACUGUGAUUCCCACGCUGAUUUCCCUGUGCCCAUCCCACGAGCAGGGGCACUGCCGAGCAGCUCUUAUCUCCAUGUACAUCGUCAUCCUGCUCCUCUUUGCUGCACCUGUGCUCACUUCCAGUGCAAUCGACAUCAUCAGGGCCAGAAGGGGCUCCAAGAAACAGCGACAACCGCAGAGACGAGACCACAUUAUCUCCCUCAUUGUGCUCUUCACUAUCCUUCUCGGCCUCUGCAAUUUCCUGCAGCAGCUCGGAUAUUUCGCUGUGUCCUCAGAGGUUUUUUUCCUGCUCACCUGCAUCCACAGCAGCAUCAAACCCUUCAUCUACUUCUUGGCAGGGAAGUGCUCAAGUCCCUGCUCCGUGGAGUCUCUUCAGCGCUCCCUCCACAGGGUCUUUAAUGAUGGGAAAGAAAACACUGCCUGCAUCAAUGGUCCAUCCAUGGAAGCUGUGCUCUGA